UAGACGAGAUAAGCCCGUGAUAAGCUAAUCUUCGUACUCGUCCAGCUACAAACCACCACGGAACGAGUUCUCUUUUUUUACAAAAAUUAUAUAAAUGCCAUUUUCUGGCAAGUGUGACAAUUUUUCGUUACAUCGUAUGACGUUAGUAGCGAGUGCGAUCGUUUUCGAGCGAAAACCGUGGCGACGCCUGACAAUAUCGAAACGCGGAUACCAGAAUAAACAGUGUCGUCAAUUAGUUCCCGGAUCGCCUCCGAGACGCAAAUCGAUUCAGGGUCACGAUGAUUUUGGCAUAACUUCUUCAAAUUUUCUCGUGAUAUUAAAAUCCUAGUUCAAGAACACUAAUAGAGCGAUUGUCAAAAUUCAACGUGAAGAUCAAAUGCAAAUUAUUAGUUUUGAGACUGGAGGUUCCUUCAAACUGACCCGAGGAGUCAGUGCGUUAAAGAUUCGUUCGGGUAAACGAGAGAAACAAUUGGAAAAUGGGGAAACAGGCGCCAAAAAUGUCGGCCAGGGUGGUCAAUGCCAUUAGAAAUCUACGAGAGGCUCACGGCUCCACGUCGAAGGAGAUCAUGAAUUACAUCAUGUCACAGUGCAGCGUCCCCGAGACGACCGUGCAAAGACAGAUGCAAGCAGCGUUAAAACGUGGGUUGGAUUGCGGUAUCCUGAAGAAGACGCAGGGCCACUACUUCUUGAACACGGAAGUCGAGCCGCAGCUCGCGUCGAACCUGGCGCCAACCGAAAGGUACGGAAGACGAAGAAGCAGACGACGACGAAGCAGCAGACGACGACGUAGUAGACGCCGAGGACGUCGACGUAGCAGAGGCAGGCGUAGGAGAAGUCGUCGUAGUCGUCGUCGUCGCUCAAGACGAAGAAGACGUGGCACCGCUAUGAGGGCCAGGCGAAUUGGUUGCACCAGAUGCAGGUGUACCAAGAGAAGCAGGAACGUGGACGUUCUGAGGAACGAUCCAAUGGAGCCACAAGAGCCAGAUAACGUGUGCAUGUGCGAGAAGGAGAGCAACGAAGAGAACCAAAGCAGACAGAGUAGAAGUCGUGAUCAUAGUCUGAGUCGUAGUCGAUCAUCGGCAAACAGCGAUCGAGAUGGCGCCAUAACCGAUCGACGACCGAUCCAUGAUCAAGAUUAAUCGAUCAGGAAAGUCGGUUCGUACACUACGUGCGUGUGUGCAUCGUUAACGGUGACAAUCUCUCGGCGCGUUGUCAGACAACGCUCGGCUUGUCGAUCGACAUCCCCAUGAUGAUCGACGCCGAAUGGAACCGCUCGCGUCUCGGAGCGUCACCUGUCGUUCAUCACCUCUGUCUAAAUCGUGUAGCUCACUGAUCGUAUUACAGGAUCUAUUGCUCGUGUCAAUCAUUCUAUCAAGUAAUAAGUGUACUUUGAUUCAGUUUCGUCGUGUAAUAUUCGAACGAAUAAAUAGACACUACGUAUCAAUAGAUAUACUUUUAUUGCACUAUCUUUAGGCAGUGAAACUUCGUUUAUCCGAACUUGCUAGGGAUGAACAAUAAGUACAUGUCAAUUGGAUAAUAAAAGAUUAUACAAUACGAGUUUGCGUUCAGAUAUGGGGAUUGUAUAUUGAUAGUAUGGGUAAUCUUUUACAGCUUUGUUGGUGAAAAUAUCACAGAACUCUUCCUGGAUCCUCUGA